AAUCAGUCACGUGGUCUACGGUCCCCUUACCGUGGCGGUGGCGCGUUGAGCUAGGUUAGGAUCGAUGUCGGGCGCUGUCGGACCGAUGGCACGCGUUUCGUGACGCGGGGGAGGUGCGUCCGGUCGUUGCGGUUCUCCGGCGAACAAACGCGAAUGAGGAACGGCGGCAAGGAGAUGACCAUGUCGUACUUGCGCGACUGGCGACAAGCGUUGCGCGCGCCGCACGUCUACCGCGUGGCAAACAGCACGUUCCGCGUGCAGAACGUAUUCUGGACGCUGAUCCUCGUUGUGCUGAGUAUUUCAGUUUUGCUCUUCGCAUACCUGCAGCUGUACGGCGCCAUAUGCUCGCCACCGAGCCAGACCCCGACGCAGUGCCACUACUACAAGUACAACAAGACGUAUCCCACGUCCACGCCUAUCAGGACCUCGCGGGGUAUCACGUACAGGAUAGCAAUAGUGAGCGAUCUCGACCACGACGCCAAGUUGCUGGACAAGAAGGACACGUGGCACAGUCUCAUGAAGACCGGCAGCCUCUACUGGAAUCCCAUUAAUAAUUUCCUGUCGGUCAUCUGGGACGACAGGACUGCUACAUUGUCCUCAUCGUUGUCCAUGAAGGGACGUGGCAUGGAACUGUCGGAAUUGGUGACGUUCGACGGUCGCCUGUUGUCCUUCGAUGAUCGCACGGGGAUGGUAUACUUCAUAGAAGGGGAUCAAGUUUACCCGUGGGUGAUCCUGAUGGAUGGCAAUGGUAAAAAUCACAAAGGCUUCAAAUCGGAAUGGGCAACCGUCAAGGAUGAGUUGUUGUACGUUGGCAGUAUGGGGAAAGAAUGGACCACGCCAUCCGGCGAGUUUGAGCAUAACAAUCCAUUGUGGGUAAAAGUAGUGUCGCCACGUGGCGAGACGCAUUCGCUCAAUUGGAUCUCUUACUACAAGCGAUUAAGGCAAGCGAUUAACAUCGAAUAUCCAGGUUACAUGAUACAUGAAUCUGGAGCUUGGAGCGACAUACAUAAAAGCUGGUUCUUCUUACCAAGAAGAUGCUCUCGCGAGCGUUACAACGAGACGAGGGACGAAACGAUGAGCUGCAAUGUCAUGCUGACUGCGGAUGAGAAUUUUGUUGAAAUCAAAGUUACACGUAUCGGAGAUCUAAAUCCAAUCAGAGGUUUUUCGAGUUUCAAGUUCCUUCCUGGUUCGCAGGAUUCUAUCAUAGUAGCAUUAAAAACCGAGGAGUAUCAAGGGCGAACUGCCACAUACAUCAUGGCCUUUACGAUAGAGGGAUCGAUAAUAAUGUCCGAGAACAAAGUGAUGGACAAGAAAUUUGAAGGGCUGGAGUUUAUAUGACGUACCCUUUAGGAAUAGUCGUAUCAAUUGCCUAAUAAAAUUGUAAAUAUAAAUGUACAGAUAAUUGUAAGUUUUCUACGAGGCCAGGGUUGCCGGUGAACCAAAUGGGUGUAAAUAAAAGUCGAGGCCGUUUCUUUGAAUUAUACAUUAGCGAUUUUUCAGCAGCGCUUCUCAGCCGCGCGGCAUAUUGAACCGCGCUACAUAUAUUUAUUACUUAUUCAGUUUAUUCAGUUGCAAUAUGGAUUCUGAUGAAGAAGUUUUGCUUUUGGCGUUACUUAUUAAAAGAAAAUACAGAAAGCGACGGCGCCGGCAGCGAUAAACCGCCGCGGAAAGCUGCCGUACGAUCGGCUGCGCUGCUAAAAAUCGUUAUUGCGUAAGAAGUUUAAAUCAAGAAUAACAGUAAUCGCAUAAAUAGAUGAAUGUGAAUAUACGACGGCAACAAUUGUAAAUAUCUAUAUGUAUAUACAUAUACAUAAUCUACGUACUUUGAAUCUCUAUAUUGUUUUAUACAUAAGCUUGUUGUCAUGCUCAGAAGCGCGAGAAUAUACAAGAUACAUCUUA